UGGCAACUGCACGAAAAUGUUACUGAGAGCAAACGCGCGCGUCGCGGUGCCGGCUUCGGAUGCAAAAGCGUGUUCGUGUUCGUUCAGGACCAGGACUAGCCGGUCGUCGUUUUAAUUUUGUUCCUAAUUCACUGUUCAAUUUGUUUUUGGAAAAUUGUAAUUUUGUUAAUUAGUGUACCCAUAAAUCGUACAGGCAACAGGAAAUCACAAUGGAUGAUUCAACUUCCGCCCAGCAACAGGGCUUUUCUUCCGACUCGAUGGAAUCGACCACGGACCGAAAGCGCCGCCAUUCAACGACUCCGAGCGAUGUCCUCGAAGUACCUGAUUCAAAUGUUCAGCCCGCCGUAGGAGGAAUGUUCCCUUACAUGUCGCGUGCGGAACGUGAGUUUCAAGAAGCCAUCUCACGCGAUCGACUGCGCCGAUUGGAAUUUCUCGAGGGACAAUUCUCUCAGUUUACCAAGUUUGCCGAACAGCGUAACCUGAAGCGGCCUCAGAAAACGGGACGGGUGGCUGAAGACUCGAACAAUAACAACAGCCAUGACAAAAAGCGAGGUCGAUCUCGAAAGCAAGUGCUAUCGCGUUUCGAAAUCGACCAGGAUGACCAGCAGCUAUCGAUGCAAUUUACCGAAUCGCCAGAAUUUAUCACGGGACAAAUGCGCAACUACCAGAUCGAAGGGCUGAACUGGCUGAUAACGCUUUUCGACAACGGAAUCAACGGUAUCUUGGCGGACGAGAUGGGUCUGGGAAAGACGCUGCAAGCGAUUUCGAUUAUCGGAUACCUGAAGCAUUACAAGAAAAUCACUGGACCGCACGUCGUAAUCGUUCCGCUAUCGACGAUCGAUAACUGGCAACGCGAAUUCAAACGCUUUCUACCUGAUGUUCGCGUUCUACGAGGACACUGCCGGGGAGAUAAACGAGAGCUACAUCAAGCUCUAACGGCAACGCAUCGUUCAUGGGACGUCGUGAUAACCGCAUAUCAUUUCUUCGUCUCGGAACAUGGCUACUUCAAGCGGUUGAACUACCAGUACGUAGUGUUGGACGAAGCACAGCGAUGCAAAAAUGAGGACACGCGACUGUCUAAAGUGCUCCGCCAGACGACCUACCGUAACUUGCUGUUCAUGACCGGAACACCGAUCAACAACAAUUUGCACGAGCUGUGGGCUUUGUUGAAUAUGUUGUUACCAGAUUAUUUCAAAAAUUCGGAAGACUUCGAUGAGUGGUUUAAGGUGGAAGACUGCAUCGACCCAAACCACGAAAGAGCCGUGAGGCUAAAAAACAUCCUGCAGCCGAUCAUGCUGCGACGCAUCAAAGCCGACGUCGAGGUGGACAUUCCGCCCAAGAUUAAGACUACGCUUUUCAUUCCGCCAACACGGCAGAUGAAUUACUGGUCCAAGAAAGUGCUGUGUAAGGACGUUAAACUCUUGAAAGGAAAUGGCACUUUUAUGAAAUUCAGCAUGAGGAAUGUGUUUCCAUAUCUGCGUCAGGUAACUCUGCAUCCCUAUCUGAUUCCGGAGGAAUCGGAAGGAAUGGUCUACGUUAGCCAAGACGCAGUGGACUGCGCGUCCCGAAUGAUCGUGUUGGAUAAAUUGUUGAGCAAACUCCAUCAGCGUGGAGCCCGUGUCUUGCUGUUCACGCAGUUUGUCAUUAUGUUGGACGUGCUUGAGGACUACAUGGAAUGGAAAGGCUACAAGUACAAAAGGAUGCAGGGUACCACCCAGCAGGAAGAUCGGCAGCCUAUGAUCGAUGAGUUCAACGCGCCCGGAUCGGACACUUUUAUUUUCAUGAUCACUACUCGAACCGGUGGCAUCGGAAUCAACCUGCAAUCGGCCGAUACGGUUAUUUUCUACGAUCUCGACUGGAAUCCACAGGCGGACUUCCAGGCCGAGGACCGCGCUCAUCGAAUCGGACAGACCAAGCAGGUGCACGUCAUCCGCUUCACCGUGGUUGGAACCGUGGACGAGUAUGUGCAUACUUGUUCAAAUCGUAAACAAGCCCUGGACAAGGCCAUCGUGCGGAAAAGCCUGGGAGAUGCCGUCGAGUUCGCUGCCAUCGAUCAUCACCGGAAGAAUCUGGAGAACGUUAACUGUAUUGACGAGUCGGCGGUCGACGGACCGCUCAGCGAAAUGUUUGCCGAAAUCGAUCGUGGCGAGAGGAAUGCCAGGGACAACACGCUGUUGAAAAGCAUUCGCUUCAAAUCCAAGUCAACGCGGUCGCCAUCGGAGGAACGGGAACUCGAAAGCAUCAAGCCGGCUUCGUCGGAGUUCGUGCCGCAGUUUGACCUACCUCGGCUAAGACCACGCAAGAAAAUGCGUUAUUAUGGGAAGCACCAAGAUAUUGACCUCAGUCAGGACUGAAGCGAAUCGUGUGCCAUAAAAUGGCCAAAUUUACUUUACUUUCCAGUAUUUGUAUUAAGUUUUACUCAUUCCAGUUACCAUUGCCAGAAAAGAACUCUAAGUUCACAUUGAGGCUUACCACAUCACAUUCUCAUGUAUUGACUUUACUAUUUGUGUUUUUUGUUUUGUUAUAUAUCUUCCGUACCUGAUGAAAGAAACUUGAAUUUCAAUAAAGACUAAGUGACCUGCCAAACA